AUGAAUGCAUAUACGAAAAAAAAUUUAAUUACGUUUUUGCUUGGAUCACUUGCAGGAUUAACUUUCAGUUACGUUUUAAUUGAAAGAAGAAAGUUACUGGAAUAUUUGAUUAACGGAUUUAAGAUAUUAAAGAACAUAAAAAUAAAAAAUAAAAAAAAUUCUGCAGUUGCUAUUCCAGAAGAAUGUCCAGGUAUAGAUAAUGAAAAUGCAGGGAAGUCUAAAAUUUGUGAAGGAUGUCCAAAUAGGAAGAUUUGCAAUGAUCCUGAAUUGAAGAAAGAAAAGGAAAAAGAAAAAAACAAAGCUUUCAAUGAGAUCAAAGAAAAUUUAAAAAAUGUAAAGUGUAAGAUUCUCAUAUUAUCUGGUAAAGGUGGUGUAGGAAAGUCUACUGUUGCUGCUCAAAUAGCUUUUGCAUUAUCUUAUUUAAAUUAUGAUGUUGGUCUAUUAGAUAUUGAUAUAUGUGGACCUUCUAUUCCUAUUUUAACAAAAACAAUAAAUUACGAUGUAAAUUAUAGUAUGAAUGGAUGGAUACCAAUUUACAAAAAUAAUUUAUCUAUUAUGUCCGUUGGCUAUUUAUUACCAAAUUUUGAUGACCCAGUCAUAUGGAGAGGGCCAAAAAAAAAUGGUUUAAUUAAACAAUUUUUAUGUGAUGUUUAUUGGAAAAAUUUAGACUUUUUAAUUAUUGAUACUCCACCUGGAACUAGUGAUGAACAUUUGACUAUUUGUUCCUACUUGAAAGAUAAUUUAGAUGGUUGUUUGAUAGUUACGACUCCUCAUAUUCUAUCUAUUUGUGAUGUUAAAAAAGAAAUAGAAUUUUGUAAAAAAACUAAUAUUCCAAUACUAGGAAUUAUAGAAAAUAUGUAUCAAUCUAUUUUUAUAUCAAAUUAUACCGUUGAAAAAAUGUGUUCAGAAAUGAGUGUACCCUAUUCAGGAAAAGUAACUUUUCAUCAAAAUCUCAUUGAGGCAUGCCAAAAAGGUAUAGGUUGUUGUGAUAUAGAUCCAUAUAGUCCAUCAUCUAGAGAAAUAUUCUUUCUAUGUAAGUUUUUUAUUGAACAAAUUCUCAAAAAAUACACACACCAGUUAAAUGAAACUAAUGAAAAUCCUUCAUUAAAAGACGACAAAAUUCAUAUUAAUAAUUCGGAAAACCAGAAAAACAUAAAAGAAGAAAAUAAUGGUGAUGACAAAAUGUCAAAUAAAUUUAAUUCUAUAAGUUGUGUGGAAGAAAAUUUAACAAAAAUUCAAAUGUUAAAUAAAUUAAUAAAUGAAAUCAAUUUAUAUAUUGAAGAAAAAAAUGAGUGA